ACGGGCCCAGGAGCGUCGCUUCCGCCGCCGGCCGCUUCCAAGAUGGCGGGAGCGAGGCGGGGCGGGUAGGGGCGGCGGGAGGGAUGUUGCGAGCGGCGCUGUGCCGCGUGUCGUCGCUGGUGAGCCGCGCGCGGCCCCGGGGGCCCGGCUUGAGGCGACUGUGGGGGUGCGGGGCCCGCCUGGAGGCCGCGGGGAGAAGACGGCCCUGGCACUGCGGCGGGCGGCGCUGGAGCUCCGAGCCGGGGCCCCGGGCGGCGCACUACCAGCUCGUCUACACCUGCAAGGUGUGCGGGACCCGGUCCUCCAAGCGAAUCUCCAAGCUGGCUUAUCACCAGGGAGUGGUCAUUGUGACCUGCCCUGGCUGCCAGAACCACCACAUCAUCGCGGACAACCUGGGCUGGUUCUCCGACCUGGAUGGGAAGAGGAAUGUUGAAGAGAUCCUGGCAGCCAGAGGGGAGAAGGUGUGCCGAGUGGCCGGCGAUGGGGCUCUGGAGCUGGUGUUAGAGGCUGCGGGGGCCCCCAAAUCUACCACUGCAGCAGAAGGGGGUGAGGACGCGGAUCCCACCCACCCUGGCAAGACAGAGCCCCGCUGACCCUGCCUCCCGCCCUGGAGCGGGCCGCCGCUUCUGGCAAUAAACAGACAUCGCUUGCCGGUGA